UUGUUUUGAAAAUUGAAAAUUUUUAACUCGAAAGAAAAAAAAAUGUUUUAGUUGGUAAUUGUCGAAAAUGGAAGUGUUACAAACAGAUAGUCACUUUAUCUUCGUUCAGCAUGACAAGACUUUAUGGUGGCAUCGUCAAAAUCACGAAUUUACGAGCAAAAAUGGAUGGGAUUUGAGCGGAGUCACGGGUGACAUCGAAUGUUUGGGCGUAACGCCCGGAAUAAUUGGCAUGAUUCAGUUGCCCGGAGUGUAUGAGCCGCAUUUGUUGUUGAUUAAAGAUGUUACAGCUGUUGGAGUGUUGUACGCCCCUCAUGUCGUGUAUAAAAUUCGAUCGAUUUGCACUUUGGGAGUUACAGAAGGUCUCGAUUGCGCAUUAAAUCCAUGUUCGAAGCAUAAUCCGGGUGCUGUGAGUGCUUCAAAUAGCCCUGCGAGACAAAGCAAGAAACUUUUCGAGGGAACUCCGCUCGUUGGAAAGACUUUGGGAGCAAUUAAGAGCGGCGCAAAGACCGCAGCGAGUCUCGCAACGAAUCAAGUCAAGUCAAGUGUUGGUAUUAAAGAUCCGAAUCGAGUUGAAAAAAAAGUUACGGAGGAGUUACAUCGAUUAUUUGACGAUACAGACAGUUUUUAUUACUGUUUAGAUGGCGAUAUCACAAAUAAUUUGCAGAGACAAGCAUCUGGCGUGCCCGACGACAGAUUUUAUUGGAAUAAACACAUGUUGAAGGAGAUUUUGGCGUUGGAAGAACCAACAUGGGUGCUUCCGAUUAUUCAAGGAUACUGUCAGAUUGAAGAAUGUGUCAUAGAUGGAGAAACUUACUGUUUGGCUUUAGUUUCACGACGUUCUCGAUAUCGUGCAGGCACGCGAUACAAACGACGUGGCGUCGAUCAAGAUGGAAACGUUGCAAAUUACGUCGAAACUGAGCAAAUUUUGAGUUUGAGACAUCAUCAAUUGAGUUUCACGCAAGUUCGAGGAUCUGUUCCUGUCUUUUGGAGUCAACCCGGAUACAAAUAUCGUCCUCCUCCGAGAUUAGAUAAAGAUGAGAAUGAAACGAAAUCCGCAUUUAAGAAACACUUUGACAACGAACUCUCGAUCUACGAAUCUAUUUGUGUCAUCAACUUAACGGAGCAAUCUGGCAAGGAAAAAGUAAUUGCAGAUGCAUUUGCACGCAAUAUCGUCAACUACGAUAGCGAAAAGCUGAUUUAUGUCUCCUUUGACUUUCAUUCAUAUUGUCGAGGCAUGCGAUUCGAAAAUGUUGCAACAUUAAUAGAAGCUGUAGCGCCGCAAGCCAUCGCAAUGGGAUUCGCUUGGCGUGAUGCCAAGGGUGUAAUAUGUAACCAAAAAGCUGUUUUUCGCGUGAAUUGCAUGGAUUGCUUGGAUCGUACGAAUGUCGUUCAAACAGCUCUCGGCAAAAUGUUGUUGGAAAUGCAAUUAGUGAAACUUGGCUUAAGUACUCCGGAAUCUGUGUUGCCCGAAAAGAUGAAAGCACCAUUUAUGACGUUAUGGGCGAACAAUGGAGACAUCAUUUCACGUCAAUAUGCAGGCACAAAUGCUCUGAAAGGAGAUUUUACACGCACAGGCGAGCGAAAAGUUUCGGGAAUGUUAAAAGAUGGCAUGAAUUCGGCAAAUCGCUAUUAUUUAGCACACAUCAAAGACAAAUAUCGUCAAGCAACGAUAGAUCUCAUUUGUGGCAAUGACGUAACGCCCGAACAGUUCACAGCUCUCGGCGGAAAAGAUGCAGAAGAUGAAACAGAUGCUUUGGAAGGCGCAGAACAUGCUCGAAUAUUAGUUGAGGAUUGUCGAAGAUUGCUUGUUGGAAACACACAAUUACCGAUUGGAGCUUGGGGUUUAAUUGAUGCUGAUCCAACAACGGGCGAUUUGAGUGAAACAGAAGUCGAUACAAUUCUUUUGCUCACAGCAGAUACGUAUAUCACAGCAGAAUACGACAGCAAUCUCGACAAAAUUGUCCGUUUCGAAGAAGUUCCUUUGGAGAAUGUAACUCUUAUUGAAUUUGGCUCUUAUCAACCAGCAAAGCUUUUCCCUGGAUCGCAAUCUAGCUUUCUCUGCAUUCGCAUCAACUAUUCCGUAAAUGGAUCUGAGGGAUUUUUCCAUAUGUUUCGUUCUCCAAACAUCCGAUUUUUCAACAAUGUUGCUGUCGUUAUCAAGAAAAAUGAGGAAAUUCACGAAUCACUCAAUUCAAUCGUCGAAUUCUUCCGUAUUGGACUCGACAGUUUGGGAAAAAAGAAUGUCCCGGUUGUCACAGGUCCAAUGACACGAAAAAAGAACAAAUUAGUGCAAUUGGGAGUCCCAAGCGGAAUGCCUCGAAAUUUGUCAGAAUCGCAACUUGUACAAGUUGGUUCAAAAGCUCUCAGUUCCGUUGCGGGACAAUUCUCGAAAUUGGGUCAGAAAUUAGGAAAAUCAAGCGGAGGAGCAAAACCUUUGUUCCAUAUCGGAAAAGCCGAAGAUGGAAAACGCCCCGAAGAAGUUAGUGACGGCUCGGAUGAUGGACACGUUUCAGAUGCGGAAGAAGCAGAAUCAAUUGUGAAGGAUAGUGAUUUUUUACCGAGUGUGGGAAUCGUAAUGGCGGCGGGGAAUGAUUCCACACAAACAGACGGUAAUCCUGCUGCAAUGAAAUCUGACGUAAAUGCAAUGUCAAUUUCUUCCGUGACGGAUGUUAAAACGCCUGCUCGCAUGUUGCAAUGUAAUUCUCCGGCAAGAAGUCGAAGUCCAAAUCCGGAAAUUCGUGUUGAAGGCGAAGAUGGAAACGAUUUGCCUUCAAAUGCUCCAAAUACGGUAAAAUAUAGCACAAGCGCAACGGAUUUCAAACAACAGAAGCAAGAAUCGAGCAGUGCAGGUGCAUCUAAAAGUAGUUUAACACGCGAUUUGACUUUGAACUUGACAUCAUCUCAGAGUGAAAAUGCCCUCAAACAACUAAAAAGUCUCACAAGUCCCUUUAGUAAGAUCGCAAAGGGCGUACAAAGUAUCGGCGCUAACUUCGAUCCACGCAAAAUCGCGUCAAAAGGAAUCUUAUCGCCAACAACGACACAAAACGAACUCCCAAAGGAAGAUUAUGCGGAAAAAUUACAAAAUAUGUGGGCCGAAUCCGGAUGCAAAACCAAAUUAAUCGCUUUGUAAAAGAUAUUUUUAUCAGUAUUUAGCGCUUGCUUAUCGAAAUCGAACACAAUAUGUAAUAUUGCCUUUGUAUGAUAUUAACAAUGUUUUAAAUAAUUUUGAAAGAAACAUUCCCACGCGCUGUUUUCACGUAGAAAAUAUGAGCAACACACGCGCCUUAUUAUAAAAAAAAAUUAUGAAUUUUUAGACGUAUUAAAGUUACCAUUUUGUGUGUUUGUGUGUUUUUUAUGCAAAUUUCAAGUCACGUCAAUUAAUUCAAAAAAUUUCACGAAAGGACCAAAAGUUUUGUUUGUUUUUCGUUUUUCAAAAAAAAAUUAAAGUUGUCGAUGUUAGAAAGUAGAAAAAAAUAAUUCACGCAUAUUUCAG